CGCCGCCCCCGAGCCGGCCCCCGGCCCCGAGCCGCAGACGGGCGGCGGGGAGGCGGCCGAGCACCGGGCGCUGGUGCUGACGGGCUUCGGCGGCUACGACAAGAUGAAGGUGCARGCGCGGCGCGGCGCCGACCCCGGGCCCGGAGAGGUGUCGGUGACCGUCCACGCCUGCGGCCUCAAUUUCGCUGACCUGAUGGCCCGGCAGGGUGUGUAYGACCGGAUACCGGCGGCGCCGCCCUUCUGCCCCGGCAUGGAGUGCGCCGGCACCGUCCGCGCCCUCGGCGACGGAGUCCGCGACCGACAGGUUGGCGACAAGGUAAUGAUCCUGGCUAGGUCGGGGCUCUGGCAAGAAGUCGUCAAUGUGCCGGUCAGUCAGACUUUCCCAAUGCCUGAGGGGAUGAGCUUCGAGGAAGCAGCUGCUCUUCUUGUUAACUACAUCACUGCCUACAUGAUUCUGUUCGACUUUGGGAACCUGAGACCCAACCAGAGUGUCCUCAUCCACAUGGCUGCAGGUGGUGUGGGAACUGCUGCCAUCCAGCUGUGCAAGACUGUAGAAAAUGUCACCAUUUUUGGCACAGCAUCUGCCCCCAAGCAUGAUUUACUCAAGGAGAGCGGAGUUGCUCACCCCAUUGACUACCGAACCAUGGAUUAUGCAGAGGARAUCCGAAAAAUCUCUCCCAAAGGUGUUGACAUUGUCCUGGACCCACUGGGAGGAUCUGAUACAGCCAAAGCGUUUAACCUGUUAAAGCCCAUGGGCAAAAUCAUAAUUUAUGGUGUAGCAAACCUGGUCACUGGGCAGAAGAGGAACCUCAUGGCCAUGGCUAAAACCUGGUGGAACCAGUUCAGCAUCACUGCUUUGCAGAUCCUGCACCAGAACAAGGCUGUGUGUGGCUACCACCUUGGAUACAUGGAUGAAGAAACAGAGCUUAUCAGAGGUGUUGUAACCAAGCUGGUUAACCUGUACAGUCAAGGCAAAAUCAAGCCCAAAAUAGACUCUGUAUGGCCCUUUGAUCAGGUGGCAGAUGCUAUGAGGCAGAUGCAAGAAAAGAAGAAUGUUGGAAAAGUCAUCUUGGUUCCUGAAGCACCCAAGGAAGAACCUAAAAAAGCAGAGAACUAAGGAGAUGUAUGCAGAUUAUGAAUUCAUGGUUUAACUCCCUGAUCUCUUUGGGACCUGGAAAUGGACAGAUCAGUAUCCUCCAUCUUUCACCAGUACAAGAACAUCAUGGUUAUCRUUCAGAUGAGGUUUGCAUGCUCUUGUUGUGACUGACCCUUUGCCAGAUAUGCCUCCUGCUCUCUCUUUUGAAGCCUGUUUAUUUCACACUGCUUUCUAAUCACUCUUUUCCUUACUGAUUUUCCACACUAACCUUAUUUUUCCCUGGCAGUGAGGCUGAAGCUUGCAAGCAGUUGGUGACUAACAACUGCACAGCCUGUCGCUGUAAACUCAUGGCGCAAUGUGCUGCAACAACUGCCAAAUGUCUGUGCAGAAACUGAGCCCUCCCGAGGCGUUUGCUCUGUCACCCUUGGGAAGCCCCGUUCAGCAGAGGGUUGGCCAAAUGUGGGAUGUUUCCAAAGGAAAACCACAGCUGGCCUGGUUUAAUUUGAGCAGGGGGUUCUCUCUGCUCACACUAACCCAGCUCUGUUCCCUCUGCUUUUUGUARCCACUAACACAGUCAGGUGGUAACAGCUCCUGUUGUCUUUGCCUUGACCAUCCUGGCAAUCUGGAGUCUGUGGYAUAUCAUACUCUCUGUGCAGUCAGUAAAUACCCUGACAGGCUGGGCUACAUCUGACUACAGAARAAAAGUUUCAAUUAAGUAACCUGAUCUUGUCCAUUUUCUAUUUCCAAAUUGCGUAGAGAGACCUGAACGGUGUCUGACUCUUAGAGACCAUAAGGACUCGACUGUGUCUCAAACGACUGGAAUAAUUGAUGUUGGCUCUGUGCUUUAUUACAUUGGGCUCCAAGUUGUUAUUGUCAGGGCUUCACCCUUGUGUUUGUGUUUCCAAGGGCUGCAGUAUUGAGUUGAACUUCAUCGAGGUAGAAACAAAAUAAUCCCUGUUAAUGCUUUGUGCUGUGCCCCGUGCACUGAGGAGGUGUUGUAGUUUGGGAAGGAACUUUCAGGAGCUGCUCCUGUGGGCUGGCUGCCCAGUGGCCYGGGCUGGCUCUCCCUGUGGCACACUGGCCAGCAAAGCUGUUGCCAGGGUAGCAGUCAGAUGAUGAACAGCCCUGCUGUGUGCCAAGCCUCUUGACCUGCACACUCAGGGCAGUUUUCCAUUGUGUCCUGGCUUACUUGCUGCAGUAGGGCUUUUUUGUCCCUGAAUCUGUGUCUUGGGGCUSCAGCACUGAGGCUUUAGGAGCUGCCUGGGGUGCUUCUCCUAUUGCAGAACUUUCUCUUCUGCUUUUCUUUCCUUCUGUGCAUUUGGAAACAGAGCUGUGUAUCCAUGCAAGCCCAGUUCCUGAGCACCUUGAGUCCUGGGUAAUGCUGUCUUUCCCCCUGGCCCCUGCUUGCAGCCCUAGGCAGCUCUGGUGCUUUUGGUGCUUACUUGUCAUGGACUGUAGGUGUGGCAGGUUUUGGGCUUCAUUUUGGAUUGGAAAUGGUAAACCCAGGAGCACCAAGAAGAACUGCCCAUUGUGGAAGAGCUCAGGCUCCAGAAGCAACACCUUGAGCCUAGAAUCCUGCUUAACCAGCCCACAGGGAGGGUCCAGGGCCCACAGAGGGCAGGCACCUUCUGGGCUGGGCUUCCUCUGGGGCUUUUUCCUCAGCCUGCUCCAGUGGGCCUCCUCUCUAUCAGUGCAGUUUGUAGUUCAGGUGCUUUGGCUCAGUCCAGAGUUCUUUAGAAAUGCMCAGGCACAGCCUCCAGGGGCCUUGCCCUGGCUAACUUUAAAUAUUGCAACAUCUCUGUUCCCURCAACCUCAGAGGCGUGCCGGAGCCCUCUCACAGAUCCUUGUCAGUUCAUCUCUUGAACUUCAUAAACACGGGCUGAUGGAAUUCACAAGCACAACUUUUUACCUUUCUGAAUCCAAAAUCUUGCUGCUUAUUUCAGCCUGCCCUGUCRUGCUGGUUUAGAUUAAAUCCAACAGUGUCUAAUGCUGCUUUACCAGGUGUGAAAACAGAAGGACAGUCUAAAUUGCUGAAAUGGAAAGUCUGGACCUGUUCCUCUGAGAAACUGGACUUCACCUUGAUGACAGGGCAUCCUGCCCCACACAUCUUCCAGUUCUGCACAGUUGUAAAAGGAAAAUACUGUCCUGGUGUGUUUGAUGGUGACAUCCUCUCCCUGCUUCACUCUGAGCCGAGCACGUGCUCAGUGCCUUACGUGGAUGGCCUUGGGUCAGGCGGUCACUCACAGCUUCCCACCCGACCCCCUGACCUSCUGCCUCCUGGUGUGCCCCAGGAACAGCAUCUCGGUGCCUUCUGCCACAUGASUGGCAAGUCACUGGGGCCUUUUUCCAUUCUGGCCUUUCAAAGUAUUGCCAAAACCCUGUUUUGACUCUUAUUAGCUCUGUUUUGUGAACGCUGGUGAUGUCGUUAGACUUUCCCUGAAUUAGCUGUUCUCUCCCCAGGUGUUGCAGCCUUCCCAGGGCUGACCUGGUGGUUCUGUACUCCCCAAUCCAUAAGAUCUGUUGUAAAGCCCUUGUCUCCCCCAGGGCAGUUGUUUGGCUCCAGAGUGAGCCUCAAGUGAGGCUUUAUCAGCUGCUCCAGCCUUGGCUCUCUGAAAACAAUCCCAGCUCCUGGCUCUCUUCGGGUAGCUGCUCAUAUCUUCUACYGAGAAAUUCCUGAAGUCCUUAUCAAGGCAGGAAUGCCAAGCAGCUACUGCCAGUUAGAGCUCAGCACUGGCUAAUUUGUGUCUCUUGGUAGCAAGUGUUUUCUACAGAAAGACCAAGCUUAAAUGUAAUUUUGCAAUCCUCCGCCCCUGCUCAAUGCUCUGCUCUAGGUGGGUGUGGUUGGUUGUGUUUUGGUUUUUUACUUUUUUUUUUUUUUUUUUUUGGGCCAGGAAGUAUAGAACCUAUGUCAAAACAACUUCAAGUGUCUUAAUCAAGUUAACCAGCCGGUUUGUAUACUAAGGACCAAAGCAAAAAAACCAAAACGAAACCCUAGGAUAAAAAUCAUUCCAUUCAGUGUUGCUUGUUUAGGGCAAAGUUGUGCUACUGAGGAACUGGGAGAUUCCUGUGCUUAAUCCUGUGUGCCAUUGCAGAAGUGCAAUUUAACGUUUAUUUUUACUGAUUGUCUGACUCAAAGGUUGUGCCAUGAGGAGUCCAGGUGGAAGUGUGAGGAGUUGCUGAGCAGGGGAGGUGUCCACAGCCCUGGCUGCUAUGGGGGGCCAGUGUGAGUGCCUCUCCUGUCAUUGCUGUAGUGGCCUCCCAGCCUGGUGCUGCUGCUCUUGGCCAAAGUGCAACUCCUUCGCUAUCACCAGGCAGUGGUUGCCACAUUUUUGACUCUUUGAUUUCUCUGAAGCUCACUUGUGUUGCAAGCUGACUGCAGGAGGGGAAGGGAGCACAGGUGGCCUGCGCUUGCGCAGAGGAGUGUGGCCCUGCCAAGUGCUCUGGGAAGGAGUUCAGCUUUGUGUUUUGUUUCAGACACCCGUGUUAGACUAGAAUCGAUUGGCCAGGGAGAAGUAAGAAGCACUGUGUGUGUCGGGCUUCAGCUAGUGCAGGAUCCUGGCCUGCUGCCAGCUGCUAUCAUAGGUGUUAAACCACUCCUGUUGCCUGAAGUCUCUGGUGUGCUGAGCCCUUGUGAUGGCAAAGUGUUAUUGGCAAGUAGUACAUGAGCAUGAUGUGAAAUGUGUUAGACUCUGAGUGAGCCUCUUACAGCAUAUGGUCUGGUCUGAAUUGUGUUGAUUUGCAGAUAUGUGAUAGGAGUGAUGCUCAUCCUACAGACAGCAAAUCUUUUGUUUCAAAAAUAUAUUUCGCUUACUGUGUGUAACCAAGUUGGACAGAAAACAACCGUGCCACUGCUGUUUACAUGACUACAAUGUGUACUGCUCCUCUGUCAAAUGUUACCAUAUGCCUUAUGUGUUUCAAAUGGUAAUUAAAGCRUAACAAAACCUUC